AUGGCCGUCCCUUCGACUACCCCAGAGAUUCUGGUGAGCGGCUUCUCCCAAGGGCUCACUGAUGAGGGUUUCUACAAUGAGUUUUCUACGUCUAACUUCACCUUGCAGCUGUUGCUGUUGGAAACGGCGGAGGUAGCAGAUUCACUAACCAUCCUUUAUCAACGAUCACCGGAGGGGUUCUCCAGCGGUUCCUAUCAAUUAUCCGCCCAUCAACAACUCCCAUUGCUCUGUGUGGUUCAGAUAUGCGAUUUCCAGAUUUUCCCUGCACUUACAGUUUCAGAUCUACUUUUGGGUCAACGUCGGUCUUCAUGCGAUAAAUUGCUUGAGCUGGAUCCAGAGAUUGAGAGGACUUUUAGAGCUUUGAGGAUUCAAGAGAGAACACCAGAAAUUUCUGGAAGUAAUUUUCAAGUUUUGGAUAAUUCAAUGGCAGAGAACAACUUGACUAUGAAAGAGCUGGCGGCUCCUGAUAUGACUUGCAAAUAUUCUUGUAUUACUUAUCCAGGCUUGUCAGUGGAUUUCGAGCUCAGAUCGGGUUUAAUUCAUUUGCUUCCUAAAUUUCAAGGCUUACCAGGAGAAGAUCCUAACCGGUAUUUGCAUGAGUUCCAUGUUGUUUGCUCCACUAUGAAGCCACAGGGCAUUUCAGAGGAGGAUAUCAAGUUGAGAGCCUUUCCAUUUUCAUUGUCAGUAUCAGCAAAGGAAUGGUGGUAGUAUCUUCCAGCCGGAUGUAUUACGAGUUGGAUUGGUAUGAAGAGGGCAUUUUUAGAGAAAUACUUCCCAGCUUUGAGAACCACAACUAUAAGGUAGAGCAUUUGCUGUAUUCAACAAGUUGUGGAGGAGACACUUUAUGAUUACUGGGAAAGAUUCAAGAAAUUAUGUUCAAGCUGUCCUCAACAUCAAAUUAGUGACCAGCUACUUGUUCAAUAUUUUUAUGAUGGAUUGUUACCUAUGGAUAGGAGCAUGAUUGAUGCUGCAGUUGGAGGUGCUUUGGUUAACAAGACUCCAGAACAAGCAAGGGAGCUCAUUGCAAAUAUGGCAGAAAAUUCUCAACAAUUUGGGAGUAGGGCACUUACUACUAGAGGAGUUGGCGAAGUUCAAACAGUCUCUAACGAGCAAAAGGAGAUCAAGAGUUCAUUGUUGGAGUUGACAUCUUUAGUCAAACAAAUGACGUUGAAUAUAAUGCAGCAAAUUUUGCAACAUCAACAAUUAGUUUUACAGCAACAUCAACAAAAGAUGGAGGAUUGAUUCUGCUUUGCAAAAUAUUGAGAGACAAAUUGGCCAGCUAGCAAGCAACGUAAAUCAAAUGCAAGCCCAAGGAUCAAGUCAAUUGCCUUCACAAACAACUCCAAAUCCUAAGGGAAAUGUCAGUGCAUUGACUCUGCGAAGUGGCAAGACAACUUCAGAAUUAAUUCGGAAUGUUCCAAGUGGAUCAAAUUUGGUCUCACCAAAUUCAAUUCCAGCUUCAACAAAUGUUGUGUAACCUCUAGAUGUUGUUCAAAAUAAGUUAAAUUCUAGUGCAAAUAAGUUUCAAAAUUUUCCAGCAUCUUCAGCCCAAACAGAUUCUGCACUAUCUGGAAAUGUUGGAACUGGUCGACCGGAUUCUGUACAGCCAGUAUUAUCAGAUCCUACUCAACUUGAUGGCUCAGCAGUAGCUCCAAUAACAACUCAAAAUUUGGACAGAAAUUCACAAUGGCAAGGUGCUGAUAUUCACAUCCCUUUGCCUUUUCCUCAAAGAAAAGUCCAACAAAGAAAGAAUGUAGAGGAAGAGAAAGCUAGAGAAUUUCAAGACCUUGUGAAUUUAUUCAACAAAGUAGAGGUGAAUGUGCCUUUGUUGACAAUGAUCAAGCAAAUUCUAAAAUAUGCUAAGUUUCUCAAGGAUCUAUGUGUGCACAAGAAGAAAUUGAAGGGGAAUGAAUUGAUUAGCAUGGGAAAGAAGGUUUCAGCACUUAUUCAGCCAGUUCCGAAAAAAUGUGAAGAUCCUGGAGUUUUCACUAUGCCUUGUGAGAUUGGAAGUUGUGUUUUCGAAGAUGCUAUGUUAGAUUUGGGAGCUUCAAUUAAUGUAAUGCCAAAGUCAGUCUUUUAGACACUUGGAAUUGGUCCUCUACAGCCAACAGGAGUUGUUAUUCAAUUAGCUAACCGUAGCCAAGCUCAUCCUGCUGGGGUGAUUGAAGAUGUGUUGGUAAAGGUGAGAGAACUUAUUUUUCCUGCAGAUUUCUAUAUCCUGGAUAUGGAGGGCGAUUUACUUGCAAAUAGAUCUCCACUCAUUCUUGGUAGGCCAUUCCUGAAGACUGCAA